GUAGAGCGCGUGCGCUACGAGAGCUACGACCGGCCGCUUCGUAGCACCUUACUGCACUUCUUUGCUUUACAAUACCACUGUUUACGUUGCACUUUACAUUUCACUGGAUAUUACGUCAUCACAUAUUUUCAAUAAUGUCACCAGUUCAAUUCUUCUUGAAAAUAUGCCAUGCCACGCUACUUGCCAGCGUCUUCAUUGAAAAUAGAAUCAUCAGGAAACGACUGUUACGAUUCCCAACUUCAGACACUGAUGCGGAUUACCAUGAGUAUUCGGAGCGAACUCUGGCCAUCAUCAAACCGGAGGCGUAUGAAGACGCCGAGGCGAUUGAGAACACCAUACGGAACAAUGGAUUUAAUAUUCUUGCGAGACGCCACGUCCACCUAACUCCUGAGCAAGCGGCAGAGCUGUACAAAGGUCACUACGGAAGCCACCAUUUCCCACACCUGGUGGCGCACAUGUCCAGUGGCCCAAUCAUCGCGUUGGUACUCACUGCUAAGAACGGCAUACAGAAGUGGAAGACGCUGAUGGGACCUGCUAUGGUACUGGAAGCUCAAGCCUACUGGCCGGACAGCUUGCGAGCGUGUUACGGCAGACGCACCAAGUAUGGAGACUACUUCAAUGGUCUGCACGGCAGUGAAAAUCACGCCGAGGCGCUUAGAGAGAUACACUUCUUCUUCCCUUCCAUGGUGGUAGGCCCUUUGCUUCGUCACUGGCAAGUGAACGACUACAUACAGAGACAUCUCACGCCAACUUUACUGCCUGCACUCACUGCGUUGGCGCACGAGCGUCCCGCGGAACCGAUUCUAUGGUUAGCCGAACAUCUCCGAAGGCACAACCCGAAUGAACCCGAACUCGCGCCUCAGCCGCCCGAGCAGAGGGAAGAUAGACGCUGUCAUACUCCGCAGGAAUCUGAAGAGUCGCUUGUGAAAUAGAUUUUAUUCUCAGUGUGUUAGAGUUCACUUUUGAUUAUACGUUUGGAAUGAUA